AUGUCGCAUUUCGACAUGUGCGGCCGUCUGCUGACGAACAGCGAGUGGAGCAGUUUUUGGUGGGAGCUCGCCUGGGGCUCGAUGGAGCUUCUGAAGCACGGAUUCAUGACGUCGCCCGCGCUCUACGUCGACAACAACGAGGAAAAGACGUUUCGACUCGAGCUCCACCGAAGUCUCGCCGUGGACGCCGUCAAUCCUCAAGCGGGCCGACCCUGCGUGCGUUUGAUCUUGGCCUACCUGAAUCGAGCCUCGUUGCCCUGCAGCUACAACGUGUCGAUAGUGAAGGACAACAAAGUCAUCGACGUCCAACAGGACGAUUGCUCGUUCGCUCCGAGCAACAGCGAGAGGCAAAUUUUCAACAUCUGCCCGAACCUGCUUCGCACCUACGUUUCGUCGACGGAUAUCUUAACCAUCAACUGCCAAUUCAAAUUUCCUCCGAGCAUCGAGGAGAGCUCCUCCUCCAAGCCCGACGUCGCCGUGCCGACGUUCAACUUCGAUUGGAUAUUUCUGAACGAAAAUCUGAGCGACGUCACGCUCAGAACCGCGUCGGGAAUAAAGAUCCCGGCGCACAGGGUGGUGCUCGCCGCGGCCAGUCCGGUAUUCCGUGCCAUGUUCAGCCACGACAUGAUGGAGAACCAGAGCCAAUCGGUCGACAUGGCCGACAUCGGUUACGAGGCAGCCGUAGAGAUGCUGCAGUACAUCUACACGGGCAGCGUCAAGACUCAGGAAUUUUCCCUGACGGCCAAAGUGUUGGCUGCGGCGGAAAAGUACCAGCUGGAAAAAUUGAAGAGCGAGUGCGAAAGGAUCUUGGUGGCCAAUUUGACGACCGAAAAUGCCAUCGAGGCUCUCAAGAUAGCCGAUACGUUCGGCACGAGUCAUUUGAAGAGAGAAGCCGUGGAUUUCGUUAGACGCAAGAUAAACGGAAAGUUGCAGUUGGAUGAAAUAAGCGAUAUGCUUAUCAAUAAAGCGAAAUUACAUCCGAAAUGA